AAACCGUGUCUGUGGGACUACACUGGGAAUAGCGUUGUCCACAUGGCAUUCCUGCCUCCUUCGAUUUGAGAAAACCUUAGCUAACUCGUUGAGAAAAUGCAGAAGAUCUUGCAAACAGAUGAAAUUGCUGAUGCCCAAGCUCUUAGAAAAGGAAAGAGGAAAAGAGUAGAGACAACAGAUACAGAAAAUGCAAACAGUGUCGUGGAUAAAGGACAGAGGAAUCCCUACUCAGGAAACGCCUUUCUGCCCGGGGAGAGCUCCAGUGAGGACGAAGCACCUUUGGCAGAGCUGUCCAAGGAGGAACUGUGUGCCAAGAUAAGAACCCUGAGAGAAAGACUGGCCAACACCCGGAAGGAGAACAGCCGGCUGCGGCAGUCUUUGGUCAUGCUACAAGUGUUGCCACAGGCCGUUGUCCAGUUUGAGGAACUGGUUGGCAUGGCAGAGACCCUGCUGAAGGGGGGGAGCACCGUGCCUACACCUGCGUCCACCCUCUGGAGGGCGGCCAGCAGCUCCUCUCCGGACUCACUGACCUCUGUCUGCAGUCCUUCUGGCUCUGACUCCAGCUCCCCGAGUUCCCUCAAGGCUGAGGAGGAGAAGCAGUUCAAGAUUGAAAAUUGGCAGAUUGCCCGCUGUAAUAAGAGCAAGCCUCAGAAGUUCAUUAAUGACUUAAUGCAAGUGCUUUACUCUAACGAGUACAUGGCCACGCACAGCCUGACGGGGGCCAAGUCCUCCACGUCCAGAGACAAAGCCGUCAAACCAGCCAUGAAUCAGAACGAAGUUCAGGAAAUCAUAGGCGUCACAAAACAAUUAUUUCCCAACACAGAUGAUGUUUCCAUCAGGCGAAUGAUAGGACAGAAGCUGAACAACUGUACCAAGAAGCCAAAUCUAAGCAAAAGCCUUAACUCUCAGGAUAUUAAGUAGAUCUUUUUGGUAUUAUAGGCAUCUGCAACAAAACGCCUUCGGUUCUGAAUCAGUCAUUGGGUUUUGUUGGAGAAUCUGCACACUCAGUGGACACAGAGACGCCUGUGCAGUGGCGGCUGCCCCGUGUCUGUGACGUCGUGGGCUCUCGUCAUAGAUGGACGAGCUUCCUGCGAAUGCUGCAUGCAGAUCCACCCCACGCCAGAGACGCAUCAACCCAGAGAACUCCCACUGGUCACAUGAGCAUGCAGUAUGGUCUCUUUGGAAAUACUCAUUUCCUGAUCCCCAAGUUCUCUUCUGUACAGCUCACUCGACAGGACGGUCAAACCUCUUCUCCUAGCAAUGAAAACGACAACCCUCUGAUCAAUCUCUGUCCAAAACAAGCCUCACACUUUCAAUAUUACCAGUGGCUCCCAACAUAGCCUUUGGAUAUUAUACAGAAGGCAAUCACAUCUAAGAAGGAAU